AUGCCUGAGUUUCCGUUUGUACAUUUUGGCCUCGAUAAACAGAUCGUGGAUGCUAUCCAUAAAAGCGAACAUGAACCCCCACAUCAAAUCCGGAUCAAGUUUGCUAUUCUAAUUGUUUCCCGAGUGAAGGGUCGAGAUUACGAGUUCGUUUUUCUUCACCGAGAUAUGUUACAAAAUGAAAGGAAUGGAUAUUUGCAACCAUUCCGAAAGAAGGUGAAUAUCAUGGUAACCACCGAUGUCGCAGGAGAAUUCGUUCAGAACUUUCGCGUUGUUUGGAUAUCUCUGGAAUUCGAACUGUGCUCAACUGUGACCUUGCAAGGGACGAUGACACAUAUGUGCGCAGGAUUGGAUGUACUGAUAAUACAAGAAUUUAUCGGAAGCUUCUAUGCUGAACUUCCCUGUCUAGUUGUUCGCUACUGCUGCUUCGUUGUGAAUGAUUCCCAUGUGUUGGAUCUGAAUAAGAGCACCGACGUGCAUACUGUACCGCAUGGUAGAGGCAGUUUUGCAGGACAAAAGGGAGCCUCAUAUACAUUGGUCACCGACAAUGACAUGGAACGUUUGACACGUCCGCAACGACAGCGCGGUCAAGGCGAUGCACCAAAACGAAAAGCAUGA